GGGAGGCACCUACCUGCCGGUCCACUGAAAGGGCUUCCAUACACCCAGGCACUCUGACCCCGAGUGGAGACAUGGCAAUCCAGAGGACAGGAGGCAGGGGGCAGGGGGCAGCUGAACUGCGUGAGCAGAGAAGGAGCAGCCACUGUGAUGACAGGAAGCAGACGCUGUUAGCACUGUUGGUUUUGGUGCUGUACCUGGGCACAGGGAUAUCAGGAAGCGGCUGGGAAGUAUCGGGACGGAUCAGGGACUGCAAUCACCUUCAGAAUCCUGUGGCAUCCCAGGGCUUUGAGUAUCAGACCUAUGAGCCCGCUGAAAAGCCAAUAAGGACCCUCAGGAAGUGGCUGAGGACAAACUUGCAUGGUUUUUUGGAGAAGCUAGAGAAAGAAGUGAGAGACUUCGAACAGCUGGUCCGUGACCUGGAAUUCUGGCUUGACGCACUUCUGGGAGAGCCACGCCCAGAAGAUCUCUGCUCCACCCACAAGGGUCAUUUAUGAAGGGCAGGUGCUGGGGCCUGGGGAGCAGAAGAGGAGGUAAUGAGGUCGGGCUCUGACACUUGCUGCUCCAGGCUGGCUUGAGGAAUAAAGUGACGGGAUGG